AUGAUUACGUUUAUUGUUGGAUUUAUUGCUCUCACUGCUGUUUUAAAAUCAUCCGAAAAUUCUUUUUAUUAUGAAUCCAUGUAUGAUUUGGAUCAAGUCAAUUAUUAUCAAGUAUUGGGAGUUUCAAAAGGUGCCUCCAGGCGUGAGAUUCAAAAAGCACAUCGAGAACAGACACGAAAGUGGCAUCCCGACAGAAAUCCCAACUGUGGAGAGGAGUGUGCACAGCGAAUGGCUCUCAUUUCCGAAGCAUAUAAGGUUUUGACAAAUCCAGAUUUAACAAAAUGGCACAACGUGUAUGGUUUGAGAGUGCCAGAAGUCAUGAUGAAGAAAUAUUCAAAAACUAAUCAAGACGAAUUUUAA